AUGGCUGACGUGGUUACCUCACCCAUAUUGACUGAUAAUCAGAAUAAAUCCGAAUUAUGUGGCGGUGAUAGUGACUACGGUAGCCAUUCCCACGCCAACGGCAAUUACGAGGUGGAUGUUGAGCAGCCGAGGUCUGUCAAACAGGAGCCAGAACUGAGUUCAUUUGAAGCCGCACUGGCGGCGGCUGCUGCUGGAGUAAACCAUCGAAAGAAAGAGAACGCUCCGCCUGUAAAGAAGGAGGUGUACUCAGACGAUGAUGAUAUUCCAUGGGCUGAGCGUAUGGCAAAGGAAAAGAAAGAGAAGUCAGUUGAGAAAAAGAAAAAGAAGAGGAAAGGUAGUGACAGUGAGGACGAAUACCGACCAGAAGUCUUAGAUGAAGAUGAGAUUCCUUGGGCCGAACGUUUGAAAAGGGACUCUAUAUCUUCGUCGCCGAAGAAGAAGCGUAAGAUCGAGGUGGACUCAGAUUAUGAAGAGAAAAAUGUUGAUAAAGAAAAGUGGACCAAGAAGGAAGAUAGUGGUAGUAACUGUGUCUAUACUGAAUCUAGGAAGGAUAAGAGAAAGAAGAAGAAGAAGGAUAAGGAGGCUAGAGAAAGCAACUCUUCAUCGUCGUCAUCGAAGAAAACACCGAAGAAAGAGGUGAAGAAUGAGCAAGGAGAAAUACUGCAGAAAAAGAAGAAAAAACAGGAAGAAGUCGAAGAUGUGUGGGAAUGGUGGAAGGAGGAAAAGAAGCCAGCUGGUGUGAAAUGGAACAGCCUUCAUCAUAAAGGGCCGCUUUUCGCACCUCCUUACGAACGUUUACCAGACCAUGUAAAUUUCAAAUAUGAUGGAAAAGUAGUUCAACUUUCUGAUGAAGCUGAAGAAGUAGCAACGUUCUAUGCGAAGAUGCUAAAUCAUGAUUACACUACCAAAGAUGCAUUCAACAAGAACUUCUUUCAUGAUUGGCGAAAGGUUAUGUCUCCUGCCGAACGCGAGUUGAUUACAGAUUUGAAGAAGUGUGAUUUUCGAGAAAUGACUGUUCAUUUUGAAAAGCAAUCAGAAAUUCGAAAGGCGAUGAGUAAGGAAGAGAAAGCUAAGAUCAAGGAAGCUAAAGAAGCUGAAGCGAAAAUUUAUGGCUUCGCUUUUAUCGAUGGUCACAAGCAAAAAAUUGGUAACUUCAGGAUAGAACCGCCUGGUUUAUUCCGUGGUCGUGGUGGUCACCCGAAAAUGGGGAUGUUGAAAAAACGAGUUCGACCAGAGGAUGUGAUCAUAAACUGCUCGAAGGACAGCGAAAUACCAGUGCCUCCUGAUGGUCAUAAAUGGAAGGAAGUUCGUCACGAUAAUACAGUGACAUGGCUGGUUUCGUGGACUGAGAAUGUGCUUGGACAGAAUAAAUACAUUAUGCUAAAUCCUAGUAGUAAAAUAAAGGGAGAGAAGGAUUAUGAGAAAUAUGAGACUGCUCGUCGUCUGAAGUCACGUAUCGACGAUAUUCGAGCGGUAUACACAGCUGAUUGGAAGUCGAAGGAAAUGCGUCUAGCCCUUCGUGCAGGCAACGAAAAAGAUGUAGACGAGGCUGCUGAUACCGUCGGUUGUUGUUCUUUGCGGUGUGAACAUAUAAAAUUAUAUGAGAAGCUCGAUGACAAAGAAUAUGUCGUUGAGUUCGAUUUUCUUGGAAAGGAUUCUAUUCGCUACUUCAAUCAGGUACCGGUUGAAAAGAGGGUUUUCAAGAAUUUGCAACUAUUCAUGGACAACAAAGACCCUGGUGAUGAUUUGUUCGACAGACUUGAUACAGCUUCCCUUAAUGAACAUUUGCGCUCGCUUAUGGACGGUCUUACUGUCAAGGUGUUUCGUACAUAUAACGCCUCCAUUACUCUCCAGCAGCAAUUAGCUAAGCUGACGAGAGGUAUAGCUUCAUUGCGGUUUCCUUAA